AUGGCCAGCGGCGUCCAGAGACAUGUCAAGGCGACCGCAGACAAGCUCUUGCGCUCUCAGUCCACUCCAAGUGGCUUGCACGUCAGAGCCACGAAUGUUCCCCGCACUGCAAUCCCUGCAGACAUAAAGCGGGUGUGCGUCAGGCAUAAGAUAGAAAACGUCUCACAUGUCGCGUUGGAUUACUGGCGCUUCUCACCUACUGGCCAGGCAUGGCUUACCCUUACCUCUCCAACUUUCUUGCCCCACACCGUCAAUGCUUUGAAUGGCGCUGUCAUCAGUGGCAAACUCCUUCAAGCAGCUGCCAGAGAUCCGAUGCCUCAGUCCCAGCUCGCUCGUACCCGCGGAGUUAAAGGACGCUUGGAGGCCGCUGAGCGAGGCAUCAUUACCGGCAGCGGACCAGAUGGCGGAAGGACUGGCCAGGGGAAAGGCGUCGUGAUCUAUGGUCUCCCGGGGAAAUUCGGUGCGGAAGCUGUACGGACAUACUUGAAGGAGUUCAAGCUCGCAGCUUCGGAGGAUGGGCAGAAAGAGAUCGUCAAGCUCGAAGUCCCUCCUUCGAAGGCUACCUUGAAAUCGCGAUUUUAUGUCCGGCUGGCAUCUGUCGCAGAAGCUCACCGACUUGUCCGCCGAUUCCACAUGACGUUCUUCGAGCCCAAUUAUUACCAAAACAAGUAUACAAUACGAGCCCAGGUCGUGUACUAA